CUUCACUUCUUGGACUCCUCAGCACAGAAAGGACAAUGUCAACCACCUGAGUGUGUAUGAGCUGCUGUGACACCUGCAGGCUUUGUGGAUUGGUAGGAACAAUGAACACCUCACAGCAGAUGCACUUCUCCUCAAACAGAAGAGUUGAGUCAGCGAUCAUCGCUUCAGUAUUUGCUCUGAUCUUUGUGCUUGGCACAGUGGGAAAUUGCCUGGUCCUCGCUGUCCUACUUCGCAAUGGCCAGAUGAACUCCAAGACCACUAACAUGUUCAUCCUGAACCUGGGUCUCGCCGAUCUCUGCUUCAUACUCUUUUGCGUUCCGCUUCAAGCCACCAUCUAUGCCAUGGACGAGUGGGUGUUUGGAGCGUUCGUGUGUAAAAUGGUGCACUUUCUUAUCUACCUGACCAUGUACGCCAGCGUCUUCACUCUUACUGCUGUCUCUCUGGACAGAUAUUUAGCCAUUUGUUACCCCCUUCACGCCAGAGAACUUCGAACGCCACAUAACACUCUCGCUUCCAUCGGAGUGGUAUGGACUCUCUCGCUGGUGUUCUCCAGUCCCUAUUUUAGCUACUAUCAGCAGAUGGAUCUAAAUGGCACCACUGUGUGUGUCCCUGCCUGGGGCAUCCAAAACCGCAAAGCCAUGGACAUUUGCACGUUUGUAUUUGGAUAUCUGAUUCCCGUCUUGGUCCUGGGUCUGACAUAUGCCAGGACCAUCCGAUACCUGUGGACAAGCGUAGACCUAGUGCAGGAGGUGUGUGAUAGUCGCCUCGCCAAACGCAGGGUGACGAAGAUGAUAGUGAUUGUGGCUGUUCUAUUUUGCCUCUGUUGGCUCCCACACCACCUCAUCAUCAUGUGCAUGUGGUUCGGCCAUUUCCCUCUCAACCACGCCACCUAUGUGCUACGCAUUCUUUCACAUCUGGUGGCUUACACCAACUCCUGCCUCAACCCUAUCGUCUACGCACUAGUGUCCAAGCAUUUCCGCAAAGGUUUCCGAAAGGUGUUUGGGUGCGUGGCGCAGAAACGUUUGGCCAAUAAGGUGAACAUGGCACCACAGGCACAGACGGUGAGCCUGGUUGAGGUAGGAUCAAGCGAUGGGUCCAAUCACAGUGAUGGCUCGGCGAAGGUUAGAUUUUUGAGCAAGAGCGAGAGGAAGACAGCGAUGAGUGCCUGUAUGACUUUCAAUGUUACGUAAUCUUGGCUAAAUUUAUUUACUUCACACAAAUUCUGACAUUUUAUUGUAGCUGUUUUUUGUUAAAUGUUGCCUCACAAAUGUUUGUGCAUCUCGUUGUGUCUGUGCAUUCAGGGGAGAUGCAAAAUAUUCCUUCCCCCUUUUUUUAAAAAUUUCUUUUACUAUCCAACUUUUUGGCCUCUAUCAACUAAUGGAAAUUAGCAACUUCUUAAUAAAAAUAGAAUCGCUUUAAAAUU